AUGGGGGCUGGUGGUCCUGGAAAUGCUGAAUUACCCGGAUCCGGAUUCGCCUUGGGCUGUGAUGGACGUGGCAUGGUAUUUGUGCUGGGAGUAGGACGCGUAGUGCUGGUGGAAAAGGAAGUGCUAAGCGGGCCCGCACGAUGGCGUGAUGAGUUAAGUUGCGUACCCCAGAAGGAACGACUAUCUUUUGGAUCUCCAUCGGCAACUGAUAGCUAUAUGGUCCCAGUGAGUCCACGACUGUUUUGUGAGACGUGGCUCUCUCCUAGCACGCCCGAUGCCAUUAUCUCUCUUCCGGGAUACAUUAUCUUCCGUUCUGAUCGUUCCAACCGCCGUGGAGGUGGCUGCCUCAUAUACGCCAGAAAUGAAAUGGAAGUCUGCACCAUUGACGAUCCACUACUGGUGGACACUCCAGACUCUGUUUGGAUUUCUGCCUUUCGGGCUAAUCCGCCGUUCAUCCUCGAGUGUUUGUACAUGCCCCCUCUACACUCCAUUAGCUCGAUUAAUCGUCUGUCUACGCUUCUUUCUCACACUUAA